UUUUGAUUACAUCAAAACAGAAAGUGAUGUUUAGUUGUCCAGCUGAGGAGAGACAUUCGAAACACGUGCAGUCCUUCCCGCCGGAGAAAAGAACGACGACUAUUAGAUUGAAGAUGGAAAAUAUAUCCUUUAAAAUUAUAGAAAACUUUUUUUUAAAAUUAUUUUUAAACUAUUACUUAGCAAAAUAAUGUGGUGUUAUAAUCAUAAAACCUAUAUUUUUGAAUAUUUGAAUUAAAUAGCUGUCAUGAUGUUGUUACUAAAAUUCAUUUCUGAACUUUAAUUUACUACUAUGUGUGAUUAGUUAUUAGCUCAUUUAUGCUAUUAAAAUUGAAGAGCUGAGUGGAAGAACUAGGCAAGUGGCCCUGUUCAAAGUAAGAAGAAAAAUGUGGUAUCCAAACUACUUUAUAAUAAAAUCAUUAGGUAAUGAAAUUAAUAUUUCUUUGCCUAUUUUAUUCACCGCUAAGUAAUUGAGAAUAAAAAUAAUACAAAACUACUCAAAACUAAUCUGGAUUUGAUAUAUAACUAAAGUGAUGGCAAAAACAAUUCUAUUAUAUUAAACAUAACCAUAUUGAUUCGACCAAUUUUUUCUGACAAGUAAAUAUCCCUGAAAAUGUCCCUUACCUGCUGCAUCCAUUAGGCUCUUCAAUUAUCAUGUUAUAUAGUAACAGAAAGGGAUGGAAAUAAAUAAAAACAGUUUUUCUAGUAGUGUUAGAAAUCAGUAGUUGUGUUCUUAGUUGCAGUAAUAGAAAUAGGUAGAAAAAUGUUUAGUUAUAGUUGUAGUUAAUCAUCAAAACUCUUUGAAACAAAUCAGGCGACGCCUGUGUUUUUAGACGACGCGUUAAAAAGGACAACAGCUAUGAUGACACCAGAACCACCUAAAGUAGUACCUACUACAGAAGCGACUACCACUACCGUCAUUACUACAACGGAACCUACGACCACAGAAGAAACCACAACGGAACCUACUACGACAACAACUGAAGAACCCACUACCACUCCGGAACCUACAACAACACCUGAACCUACAACCACAACAACUUCGACAACUACAACUACUGUUGCAACUACUACAACAACUAAAGCAACCACAACUACAACAACCACGACAACUACCCGGAAACCGACCACUACAACUACGAGGCGAACUACAACAACAAAACCGCCAACUACAACCACACCGCCAACAACUACACCGGAUCCAUCAGAUACGAGGUUUGCUUCCACAUCCAGUUUCUACCUGUCGGAUUUAGCCGCUGCCGGAACUCCAGUUUACAACGAUGGACCGGUCCACACGUCGGAGGAUGGCCUGGACGGAUUUGGUAACUCGGCAGACUUUGGCGACAAUGAAGAGAAACCCGAAAGAUCGUGCUUAAAAAUUGAUGACCUGAGCAGAGCAGUUCGUGGCAAAGCAUCUGAAGAACACAAUAAGUGUUGGCGAAAUCCUAUAAACUGCAAAAAUGGCUUUUCCGCCAGUAUAUUUGCUAAAUUGCUCUUUGAUAGGAAGGAUAAAAGCAAAAGAUAUUUAUUCAGCACAGGAGGGGACAUCGAAGGCAUUCCUGGUGUGGCUGUUUUCUACAAAGGCAUCUACAUGCACGCCGUCGUUUCAACUGGGGAAAAUGUUUGGUCUGUUUACGUAGCAGGAAUUGUGCUCAACGAUACAUGGAGCAGUGUUGCUUUCACUUGGAGUCAGGCAGAUGGAUUGGAUCUAUACAUUAAUGCCCAGAGGAAAGCUUUUGUGAAGUACCCGGAUCGCCUAUCUCCACCAUUACGUCAGCCCUUGAAGCCACUUCAGUUGACUGUGGGUUGCAGACGACUGAAAAAGAACUUGUACGAGGAUUUUGUACGUGGAAAACUUGAUGAAUUCGUCACUUGGCAGUACAAAGUAUCCCAUGAGAAUGCUAGUUACUUCUUAGGUGGAAUGGCACCCGACAAAUUGUGUAAUCCGCCAAAACAUCCAAUGAAAUGCUCAUCUGAUAUUAAAACUUUGCUUGAUCAAUUGGAUACGAUGGAUCUUUCAAAUAUAGAUACUGCGAUGACAACAAUUCAACAUAUAGCUGACGUGACCAAAGCAACAGGCAAACCUCCAAAAGAUAAGUCAGUAAAAUCUUCAGGAGAAGACUCGAGCGGGGCAGAAGGAGGAGGAGGGGAAGAAGAAGAAGAGAUUGACAUGAACGCGCUUAGAAAAGGCAAUCUUAAAGACAUGAUAGCAAUCGUAAAGAAAUUGGUGAACAAGACAUCGGGUCCCUUCAGUCCUGGUGUGGAUCCAGAAGAUCUCACUGUUUUAUACAAAAUGCAAGAAAUCGUGAGCACAAUAUUCUCCGAUAGUCAAGCAGAUUUAUGGAAAGAAAUAGAAGCGGAAGGUGAAGAUAGUGUAGCUCUAUUAAAUUCUGUUCAAGACUGGUCAAUGUCCAAACUUCUAGAAUCUAAGGCAGAUGAAAAGACUGUGGAUCUACUUAUGAUGUCAGAGAACGUUGUGACAAAAAGUGCCAAAAACUUGCCAAAAGAGCUAAAAAAGAAACAUGCGCCGUACAUGUAUUUUCCUGACUACGGAAAGGAUUCUCAGUGGAAGGAAUUGCGCAAAAGGUGGAGUGAAGCAUCUGAUCAAAUGAGAAUUCCAGUCGCUGCUCUCGGAGAAUCAACGGAAGCUAUAAGCGUUCAAUCCAUGUAUUAUAACACUUACCACAAGAUGGCGCCUCUUCAUAAUUCUAUAACGGGAAGUAAUACAACGGGCGUCUUCCUCGAUAGCAGAGUACUAAGCUUCGAUGUCAAACCUUCUUAUGACAGGGAUGUUUUAACAUCAGACCCAGUAAUCAUAUUUUUCGAACAUCAGUGGGAAAAAAGUAAGUUACUUCGAGGCGCUUCGGCAGAACAACUUGAAGAUCCAAAAGUUGAAUCAAGGGAAUGUGUAAGAUGGUCAGAUACUUUAGAGAUACCAGAUCGUGUGAAGAUGGGAGGAUGGACUCCAGAUGGAUGCGUAAAAGUAAAUUCUACUAGUCUAUACACAACCUGUUCCUGUGACAGUCUAGGAAUGUUUGCCAUCUUAGCUCUUCCACCUGUACCUAAAAAAUACGUAGAACCGGAAGAUGAAAUGUGGUUAUUUGCUGUUCGAGGAUUAGGAUAUAGUCUUUCUAUAAUCGUCCUGAUCUGCUAUAUCUGUGCCAUUGCUACCAGAUCAUCAUUGCAUGAUCAGUUCCACAUAAUACGUCUUAACUUAGCUAUUGCUGCUGUGGGUACAAUGCUAUCCUUUUUCUCUGUCGAUUUCAAACGGCAUGAUUGGGAAGCAUGUCGUGUGUUGUCAGGCUUCAUUCAUUACUUCUACUUGUGCGUUGGUUGCUGGAUGGCAAUUUUAACUCAUGCGCUCUUCAAGGGAUUUAUCAAAGGUAUUGUGGACGGCAGAGUAAUGUUGUACAUGCUCAUUGGUUGGGGAUUACCUUUGGUUUGGGUUGGAGUUAUUGUUGCAUCGACAUCCAAUUACGGUUAUGAAGACAGGUGCAUGGUAGGACCUAGUAGAGCUUUGAGAUGCUCUUUAGUUUGCCCACUUUUUCUCAUCAGUGUGAGUUCUCUUGUAUGGAGCUUAGUAAUUUGCUGUAACUUAACUUCGCCUCAAAUUAAAAGAUUUGAAGUGGUCCAAGAGCUUAACUGUAGCACAAAAAUGCUGUUUUUUCUCUCUCUGUAUUUCAUGGGUGUUUGGAUCCCGGGAUUGGUGACAUGGCUUGAAAUAGACACUGUCAACCUUCGAGGAUGGAGGAAACUUUUUCACAUUUUUAACUGUUGGAUUGGUGUUUUUAUAGUAUUUCUUCUUGGAUGUGGUUCAAGGCAGUUUAGAUAUGCCGUUUUGGAAAAAUAUGUCAAAUAUUUGAAUAAAAUUUUUCGUAGCAAUGACAUCAGGCCACAAUUUGAAUAUACAAAUGGAUACCGUUUUGAGUACAAAAAUUAUUACUACUAAGCCCAUUGGAUGAUGUUUCUAAAAGUCUUUCGAUUUGUCUUCUUUUUGAAUACUUUUUUUUCUACAUUUCAAGACACUCCUGCCAACUGUUGCCAUAUUUUCUAAUGGAACAUUUCGACCUUUGUAUAAAUUCAUAUACUUUACUGAAAAUAGUAAAAGUCUCAUUUUAUAUAA